AUGGUCACAAAUGGGGGCUUACUUAACCCCCAUAUUCAAAAGGUAUUGUACACGACAGUCAUCGAGAAGAUAGUGACGUAUGCUGCCGCAGUAUGGGCCUACCCAAUGCAAGGAAGGAAGGUCAGACAUCUUAACAGCAUACAACGACCAUUCGCAUUGGGAAUCACACGGGCCUACCGCACCACCUCCACCGAUGCCAUUAACGUACUUGCUGGUCUCCUUCCCCUGCACAUCCGGGUUGAGGAGGAGGCAGCACGCCAACACAUUUUGCAACUUAAGAAGGCAGUUACUUUUGACGAUGAAACAUACUACCCGGAUGAGUACGAAACAAACUUCUGCCCUCUUGACGUCCACCCGGCAGAGAAAGGCAAAGGGAUACUUAUCUCAAUUAAUCCCACUGCAACUCAUCACUCAAGGGAAAUGACCAUCUAUACAGACGGGUCUAGAUUGGACGAAAGAGUGGGAUGCGCCUAUGUCGCCACGAAACAAGACAACGCAAUCGAGAAAUGGAAGGGACAGUUAAGACAACAUAACAGUGUCUUUCAAAGCGAAGCAGUGGCAAUUGCACAAGCGAUUCGCUACCUGCACUCGCACCAGCAUAGCCAUGUCACCAUUAAAACGGACAGCUUAUCAUCGUUAUAUGCCAUUUGGAAUGCAGAUCAUCCCUCGGAGAUUAUACAGGGAAUCCAGAGAGAUCUUAGAAGUAACCCCCCAGUACCGCACAAAAUUAGAGUGGAUAAAGGCUCAUGUUGGCCACUAUGGCAAUGA